AUGGUCACGAACAAACCGGUGAACAUUAAUACAUUUCUUCUCUGUUCGUAGCAACUGACGAUAAUGUUGGCUGGCGGCUCUCGUAUCUCGCACCACCUGCGAGAGUGCGACCCGCGCCUGGGAUUAGGGUUGGGGUUUUACAGCGCCAGAGUCGUUGAGCUCUCUUGCGCGUGCCCUCCCAAGCCUUCCUCUACACCCGUUCUCGCUGCGACUCACCACCACCACCAUCGUCGAUUGCGGCGCACAACUUCUUCUUCUUCUUAUAGCAUUCACUCCAAGUCGCCUGGAGACUUUUCUGCAUUUUCCGAUUGCUUUAGCCAACGAGAAGAGGAUCAUGAGCUUCCAUCAGAAGGAUUGUCUCCAGUGGCAGGAGGAAUAGUAGCAUUGGGAAAGUUCGAUGCCCUCCAUGUUGGUCAUAGAGAACUUGCUAUAAAAGCAGCCAAGGUUGGGCGUCCAUUUCUUUUAUCAUUUGUUGGAAUGGCAGAAGUACUUGGUUGGGAACCUAGGGCUCCCAUAGUUGCUAAAUGUGACCGCAAGCGAGUUCUCUCCUCUUGGUCCUCAUACUGUAGUGACAUGGCUCCAGCAGAGUUUCAAAUUGAAUUUUCCAGUGUCCGCCAUCUCACUCCCCGACAAUUUGUUGAGAAGUUAUCAAAAGAGCUUGGAGUACACGGAGUUGUCGCAGGUGAAAAUUACCGAUUUGGAUAUAGAGCUGCUGGUGAUGCAUUAGAGUUGGUGAGGCUGUGUGAGGAGUAUGGUAUGGAGGCUUGCAUAAUAAAGUCUGUUAUGGACAAGAACGAAUAUGCCAGGAAUUUAAAUGCCAAUGAUUCAAAAGAGAGAGGACAAGUCUCAUCCACCCGUGUUCGCCGUGCCCUUGCCGUAGGCGAUAUGAGGUAUGUUUCCGAGCUUUUGGGUCGUAAACAUCGUCUUAUAUUGAUGGCAAAGGAUAAGGGAGGAUUUAGUAGCAACGGAAGUAGAGUUUCAGUCCCAAAGUCGUGUUUGUUAAAUCUAGCACCAAAGGAGGGUCUAUAUGAGAAGUGUUCCAUUGUUGUUGGUGAGGAGAAAGUAGUAGCUUGUAAAGUGGUUAUUGACAUUACACACGUCCAUAUUGAAAUGGACGAGCUAGGUAUAUGUAACAUUGCUGGUAAUCAAGACUUGCGGCUCUUACGUAUUGAAUUUGGUGAUUCAGUUUAAUACAUUUUCUCUCAUCUGAUUGUCC